CAGAUUCAGAUCCAUCGAAAACGUAAUGUGGAGAAGUCGCUACUAAACUACUCCCAAGUACUAAACUCACAUCUCAUUGUGUUUCUUUAAGACUUUAACUCAAUCAAAAGAUCUGAACUAAAAAGUUUUCAACUUUCUAUAAUUUGAGUAGAAGAAAGAAGCAUCAGACCGAUUGGUUAAGGAGAAGAGGAAUCAAUGAUGUCAGGCGACACAUUAUCAUCGAAAAAAAACAAAUCCUCACCAGAAGAAGACCAAGACCAACCAAGCCAAUCAAUCGCACUUCUCAACAACAAUCACACAACUCCAUCCGAUUCUGAUUCUUCCACCACUAAGAGUAUCUCAAGCUGCUUCAUCUUUUCAUCUCUCCUUCUCGUCACCUGCAUCGCUCUAUCCGCAGCUUCAGCUUUCGCAUUCCUCUUCUUCUCUUCUCAAAAACCCGUCCUUUCCUUAAACCAAGUCUCAAAGUCUCCAGCUUUCGACAGAUCCGUCGUUGCUCGUCCUCUCAAGAAACUCGACAAGCCUGUGGUUCUUUUGAUUUCCUCUGAUGGGUUUCGUUUCGGGUACCAAUUCAAGACCAAUCUGCCGAGCAUCCACAGAUUAAUCGCCAACGGAACCGAAGCCGAGACUGGUCUCAUCCCUGUUUAUCCGACAUUAACUUUCCCUAACCAUUACUCCAUCGUCACAGGUUUGUACCCAGCUUAUCAUGGAAUCAUCAACAACAGAUUCGUUGAUCCAGAAACAGGGGACGUCUUCACAAUGUCUAGUCACGAACCAAAGUGGUGGUUAGGUGAGCCAUUGUGGGAAACAGUAGUCAACCAAGGGCUUAAGGCUGCUACUUACUUCUGGCCUGGCUCUGAGGUACACAAAGGCUCUUGGAAUUGUCCUGAAGGUUUCUGUCAAAUCUACAAUGGCUCUGUUCCUUUUGAUGAUAGGGUUGAUACUAUCUUGAGCUAUUUCGAUUUGCCUAGUAGCGAAAUACCUAGUUUCAUGACUCUUUACUUUGAAGAUCCUGAUCAUGAAGGUCACCAAGUUGGCCCUGAUGAUCCUCUGAUCACUGAAGCUGUAGUUAACAUUGAUCGGUUAAUAGGAAGAUUAAUCGAUGGGUUAGAAAAAAGAGGGAUCUUUGAGGAUGUGACAAUGAUUAUGGUUGGUGAUCAUGGAAUGGUUGGCACUUGUGAUAAAAAAGUAGUUGUUCUGGAUGAUUUAGCUCCUUGGAUCACAAUCCCUAGUAGUUGGAUUCACUACUACACACCGGUGCUAGCGAUUCAACCACCUUCAGGGCACAAUGCAGCGGAUAUAGUGGCUAAGAUAAACGAAGGGUUGAGCUCUGGUAAAGUAGAGAAUGGUAAGUACUUGAAGGUUUAUCUCAAAGAGGAUUUACCUAGCAGGCUGCAUUACGCAAACAGUGACAGGAUCCCGUCUAUCAUAGGACUAGUGGAUGAGGGCUUCACGGUAAAGCAGAAGAAAAGUAAAGCCAAGGAAUGUGGUGGAGCUCACGGGUAUGACAAUGCCUUCUUUUCCAUGAGGACUAUAUUCAUCGGGCAUGGUCCUAUGUUCGCAAAAGGAAGGAAAGUGACUUCUUUUGAGAAUGUUGAGAUAUACAAUGUGAUCAGUUCGAUUCUAGGACUCAAGGCUGCACCAAACAAUGGAUCUGAUGAGUUUCCUUCACACGUUCUCUUGCCGUGCGCGUAAGCAAAGUAGGGUAAGUUCAUUCUUCUGUCAAUAAAAGGCAGUUUAAGCAUUUGAUCUGUUAGACUUUUUAAGCGUUUUGAUAUGUAUGCUGUUUUUGUACGAUUUCAACUAGAAGUUGUACUAGACUUAUUGUAAUAGUAUGGAUUAUGUAAUCGUUAAAACUUGUUUUUGACAUUUGAUGCCAAGAUUGGAUGCUUUUUUUCUUUCA